AUGUCAGCAUUUGGACAGUCAGGAUUUGGGCAAUCCGGGUUUGGGAACUCGUCAUUUGGGCAAUCUGGGUUUGGAUCAUCAUCGUUUGGACAAUCGUCGUUUGGAAGUAAUAACAAUAAUAACAAUAAUAAUGCCAAUAGUUCAGGGUUUGGCCUGAGUGGGUUUGGAAAUUCUGGUCUAGGUAAUGCUACAAAUAAUAAUCAGGCGUUUGGGAAAAGUGGUUUUAGAUCAUCAUCGACCACUACUGCCACCACAACUAACAACAACAACAAUAAUAAUAAUAAUGUGUUUGGAUCAUCACAGUUUUCCAGCUCUGGAGGAUUUGGAUCAUCAUCUGCUCAAAACGGCGCUGGAGGAGGGUUUGGCCAAUCUCCAUUUGCAAAACUUGGAACUGGCACUGCCAAUAACGCUGCAGCCAACCCAUUCGGUAGUCUGUCGACCACAAAUGGUACCUUGACCUUCGGUUCGAGCAAUAAUAAUAAUAAUACAACGGCUGCCAACCCGUUUGGUGGAUCAUCGUCAUCGUCAUCGUCAUCUCCUUUUUCUAACUUGCAAGCGAACAAUAGUAAUAGUAAUAACUCUACAUUUGGUGCUUCAAAUAAUACCAAUGCCUCACCUUUUGGCAGCGUAUCAGCUAGCAACAAUAAUGGUCUGAUUUUUGGAUCAUCAGCAAAUGCCACUGGUGCCAACCCUUUUGCAAAAGUUGGCUCUAAUACCACAAAUGCUUCACCAUUUGGAUCUGCCAGCAAUAAUGCUAAUGCUUCACCAUUUGGAUCUACCAACAAUACCAAUGCUUUUGGAUCGACGAACACUGCCAAUGCUCUGCCCUUUGGUGCUGCCAACAACAAUAACAAUAAUAAUAACAAUAAUAAUAACACCUCGUCACUUUUUGGAACUUCUAGGUCCAAUACUGGGGGAACAUCAUUGUUUGGGAACGCCAGCAACUCACCAUUUGGAGAUACUACUAAGUCCAAACCCCAACCCUUUGGCAUGCAGCUUGGCAGGGGUCUGGGAAGUAUUGUUGCGUACCUGCAAUGUUAUAAUUCUCCAGAAAACAAUGCCAGUAAUUAUUCUAAGGUGGUUGAUCUUGGAGAAAAAGUGGUCGAAGCAUUCAAUGGUGAAUCAUUUACCAUUGGAAUGAUUCCUGAAUUGCCGCCACCUAUUGAACUUUGCUAG